GGAUCCUUCUGAGCGACUGCUGCAUAUUUUCUACACUUGUUUGGGCUUCCAGUGAUCCCACCUUGAACCUGUCAUGUUGAAGGGCCAGAGGAGCAACAGGGGAUUCAAGUUGCAGCGCAGUUUUAUGAGGAGUCGGCGAGAGUGAUGAACUCUGAGCAGGAAAGGCCGUUUGUGUGCAGUGCCCAUGGCUGUUCUCAGCGUUUCCCCACGGAGGACCAUCUGAUGAUCCACCGUCACAAGCAUGAGAUGACCCUGAAGUUUUCCUCCAUAAAGAAUGACAACAUGUUAUCAGACCAGACCCCGACCCCAACACGCUUCUUGAAAAACUGUGAAGAAGUGGGACUGUUCAGCGAACUGGACUGUUCUAUAGAGCAGGAGUUCCGGAAGGCCCAGGAAGAAGAGGACAACAAACAGGUAGAGAAAAUGAGAAACAUAUCUCUACAUGGCCAGAGUCAGCAGCAUCACUCUCGGAUGGGGAACCAUGAGGGUGGCAUCGUGAUCCAGCAGGCCCUGCCGUCUCCCCAGUCCAGCUCCGUCAUCACCCAGGCCCCCUCCACCAACAGGCAGAUAGGGCCUGUACCUGGCUCCUUGUCCUCGCUACUACACCUGAGGAACAGACAGAGACAGCCUCUGCCCGCCUCCAUGGCUGGAACCCUGCCUGACCCAACCAUGCAAGGCUCCUCUGUACUAAUGCCUAUGGAGAGGCAGAUGUCCAUGGGCCCCAUGAUGGGGAUGCAGGGACCUAGCCACCCCAACUCCUGCUCCUCCUCCCCCCACGGACCCUCCAUGCAUUCUGAAGCCAAGCUGAGGCUGAAGGCGGCGCUCGCACACCACUCGGGAGCCAUCGUCAACGGCAACAUGAACAGCAUGGGUCACAUGAUGGAGAUGAUGUCAUCGCGGCAGGAGCAGGGAGGCGGCCACCACCACAUGCACCCCUCGCACCCCCACCAGCACCUGCAGGCUCCGCCCCACGGCCACGCCUACCAGCAUCACCCCCACCACCACCACAGCGGGCACGGCCAGGGCGGGCACCACCCGCCGCAAGGACACAACCCUCACCACAACGCCCACCCUCCUCACCUCCACCCUGGGCACCAGCACCAGACCUCACCCCACCCCCCGCUGCACUCUGGACCCGGGUCACAUCCACAGUUGUCACCAGCGGCCCAGCAGAUGCAGCCCAGCCAGACGCUGCAUUCCCCGGCACCUAGUGGUGGACGCCGCAGGCGGACGGUGGACGAGGACCCCGACGAACGUCGCCGGAAGUUUCUGGAAAGAAACCGCGCAGCGGCCACGCGGUGCAGACAGAAGAGGAAAGUGUGGGUGGUGUCACUGGAGAAGAAGGCCGAAGAGCUCACCCAGACCAACAUGCAGCUUCUGAAUGAGGUGACCAUGCUGAAGAACGAGGUGACACAACUGAAGCAGCUCCUCCUCACCCACAAAGACUGCCCCAUCACAACCAUGCAGAAAGACACCCAAGGUUACCUCAGUCCAGACAGCAGUCCAGCUGACAGCCCCACCCCCGCCUGCUCCCAGCAACAGGUCAUCCAGCACAACACCAUCACCACAUCCACCUCCACGACAGGAGGGGGCAGCACAGUGCACGGCCCACCCAACCACCGCACAGACAUCCACCCCAUCCACUAGAGCGGAGAGAGACUGCAGUAGCCCCGCCCCUCCGCAACCCCCGUAGCCCACCCAACAGGCCUGCAGGUCUCUCUGGGGGCUGCCUCUCUGUCUGUCUGUGUGGGACGGCCAGCCUCGCGCGCCGCCUCUUCGGGACCUGGUCUGGAGAAUCACCCGGAGCCUGUGAGGCCACUCUUUAUACUGUAGCUAUAGUAGUAUUUUUGUAGACCCUUUCAGCUCUGUUCUCUGGGUCUGUCUUCAUCUCGCUUCGUCCACCAUGUCUGUCCGUCUUAUUUUUCAUAUCCGUGUUUUUGACUUGUACUAAAAAGGGAGUUUUGUAAUUCGUGCAGGAUAGCCCAUGUGUCUUGUUCUGGUCCAAAGCCCCGCUGGGGUCACUAUAGUGACACAGCAAAGGGACACUUCUGCUACCCACCCCACCACCUCUGCGACCUCUGCGACCUCUGCGACCUCUGCGACCUCUGCGACCUCUGCGACCUCUGCGACCUCGGUAUUGUCCCAUAUGGCACCUUAUUGUAUCUCUGAAUCUCAACCCAGCCCGUUGCCCUUAGCGUGCUGAGAGGGGCCCUGUGCUGUUAUGUUUUGCUAACUGAACUCUGAGGGCAACGCACUUGUGGCUUAAGUGAUGCAAUUUACAUUCCACUUUUAAACAAUAAAACAAGCAUGUUCCAAUGAACAAAUCCCUCCUGUCGUUUUACAAGAUAUAAACCCUGGUAACAGUUACGUUUUCAAUUUAGCAUGCACUUCAUUUACGUGCCACGUCACCACAUCAAACGUGAACCAAUGCAAGUGUUGUAUAAUUAGAGAACAACUAUCCAUUGUGUGAAAUUGCACAAGCUAAAAAAUCAAAUGGCACUUUAUGUAGACUCGAUGGAAGGGGCAGCCGGAGGGUCUAAUUGGCCCCUACGUCCUCUAUAAUUUGGGCCACCUUUGGGACCCUUGUCUAGAUGCCGGAAGUGAAUGCAAGCAGAGGGCCUGGGAUAAGGGUGUCAUUUACGAUUUAAAAUCCGCCGUGGGCACUACUUUCGAACAAAGCCCUGUGUGGAAACGGUGUCCUACCUAGGGAACAGAGUGCCAUCUGGGACAAAGCCGUGUGUGUGUCUGUCUGUGACCGAUGCAGCGCGUGUGUCAGAGGCCAUGGCAGGGUGUUAGAGAGGUGGGUCACAUGCUGGGUGUGUAGCAUCCUGUUUCCCAGCCAAUCCUCCGCUACCAGUUACAUACAUUUGUGAUGUGGCCCCAGACCAACAGAACAACGCGCAGCGUGUUGAGGGCCUGGCGAUAAGCUGACGGCUGAAUCAGGUGUACUUGCUCAGGAUCACGGGACAGUUAGUACUGUUGGGGGGUAGCAGGUGGAGUUGGGGAUCACUGAGCUAGUUAUGUGUAUCGUACAGGGUAUGAAGCAUGUUAGGGUGUGGACAGAUUCUUAGCUAGUGAGUUUCAGAUGCUACUGUCUCCACAUCAUUACAUUGUUUGGGUUUUAAAGGAGUCAAACUGUUGCCAUGAUAUGCUAUAACUUUGAAAAUGACUUGUGUCUGGUGUUUCUAUUGAAUGAUUCUCUUUUUCUAAAAAAAUAUUAUAAUAAUGACCAUGACUGUUACCAUAGAAACACAUGAAUGACGUUUUGAGGGUGUUAAUGUGUGACGAACGAUCGAAUGGUAUUGAGAAUAAGUUCAAAUUUCAGCAAUACAUCCUAGUAUUGUGGUUCCAAUUAUCAGCCAUAUAGCCCUGCAAUGUGGCACCAGCGAGGAAGGCAGCUCUGGAGGUAGACGCCGCUGUCUCUUCCACUCUCCCGGACCAAGUCAAGUUUUGAGGGACGAGGCAUCCUUCAGUGUUGUUUUGGUGAUGCUGCAUCCAGUCUUCCGGAAUCAGCGGUACAUUCCAAAUGACCUGAACAUUCCAAAUACGAGCACCAUGCUGUCCCGUGUAUCUGCCUCAAUAAACCCCUGGGAGGUUAUGAUAGGUGACACUCACAGAGAAAGAUGGAAGCUCGGAGAGUUGAUUUUUUUUUAGUCUGUCAGUCUGUGUUUGACAGUGCAUCAAAUAAUGAUUAGAGGUGGCUCUUUAUCAACGGGCCCGCAGAACUGUUAUGACCAGUUUUAAAAAGCUAUUUAGCAGUUUCAGCCGUAAUGCUUUCCACAAUGUCACAACGUGCCUAAACUUGUCUUUUUUUAUGCAAUGAAGGCAAUUUUGGUUGUUUCAAAUACCUUUUAGACAUAAUUAACUUUUCCAUUGAGCUGUUUAAGUGAUUGUUUUCCCCAGUCUCUGAGUGUACACUGUGUGUGUGUGUGUGUGUGUGUGUGUGUAUGUGUGUGUGUGUGUGUGUGUGUGUGAGUCUUCCUGCUGUUGACGUGUGUGUCAGGGAUUUGGCAAAGCUAACUGACUGGCUGACCAAGGGAAAAACACUGACCCUCCAUCUAACCUCUGACCUUUACUUCUAGGGUCUGAACUCAGUGUUUAUUGCUGAAGUUCAGCCUCACCAUGGUUACAGGUUAAAGGUGUUGUUCCCUCGUUAGCAGAGACUGCAUUCACGUUAGAUGCAGCAUGUCAGCUCUGUCUGAAUUUUCCUUCACUUUUCCAAAGGUGCAGUCUGUAAUGAUUCAUCGAUACGGGUAUAACCGUAAAUGGAGCUCUGUCUGUGUGUCUGUCUGUCUGUGUGUGUGUCUGCCUGUGUGUUUGUGUCUGUGUGUGUGUCUGCCUGUG